UAGGACAUAUUUUUGUUGCAACACACAGCCAUCAUGGAGGCGGAACGAAUUUUACAAUAUCUGACCGAAGUUGAAGAGGCAGCGGAGGAUGUUCUUGCAAACAAACAACAGAUCGUGGAUCUGGACACGAAGAGGAAUAUGAACAGGGAAGCGUUGAAUGCUCUGAAACAUGAGAUGGCAUCAGAAGAAAAAGUGAAGGUUUGCUGUGGAAACAUGUUCAUCCAAUUCCCAACGAAGACGAAAGAGAUGAUACAGAGAGACCAGCAGCAGCUAGACAAGGAGAUCAACAACCUUCGCCAAGCCCUUAAAGACAAAUUGAACCGCCUCAAUGAACUGCAAGGGAAACCGGAGCUGACAGGAUACAACCUGUGUCCUCUUUCCGAUGUCGAGGUGAAGGCCAUCAACCACCUGAUGAAGAGAUGAGGGUCUGACCCAAUGGCGGCUGGUGGUCAUUUAUAUUGGAGGCUCUGGAACAGAAUUAAUGGAACAGUAUCAAACACAUGGUUUGAGGAACAACACAUCCUAAACCCCACGUGGACCCUCAACAGUGGGAGACUGCAAAACGUAUAUAAAUGCAACAUGUAAAGUUCUGGUCCCUUGUAUCAUGAGCUAAAAUAAAAGAUCCCAGACAUUUUCCAUAUGCACAAAUGUCUUUACAUCCCUGUUA